AUGGGCGGCUGGAUCAGCAAGCAGGUGCGCUACGCGCCGCACACGGCGCGGCGCUGGGCCGCGAACCUCAACGGGCUGUCGCCGGAGGAGGCCUACGCGCCGCUGCGGCGGACACCGGAGCUCUUCGAGUCGCUGCUGCGCGACGAGUGGUUGGCGCCGACGCUCCUCGACGUCGUGCAGGCCGCGCGGCGCGGCCAGUGCCACAGGGAUCUGCGCGAAGAGGCGCCGGGCGUCUUCUCCUUCGCCAUGUUCAGCGACGCGUUCUGCCGCGACUUUCUGCAGGAGGUCGACGGCUACAUGGACUCGGGGCUGCCCAUCCGGCGGCCCAACAGCAUGAACAACUACGGGUUGAUCGUCAACGAGAUCGGCAUGUUGGACGUCAUCAGCGAGCUCCAGCGGGAGGUGCUCUGGCCCAUCGCGCGGUCCCUCUGGCCCAAGGAAGGCAGCGCGUUCCACGCGCACCACUCCUUCAUGGUGCAGUACCGCAAAACGGAGGACCCCGGGCUCGACAUGCACACGGACGACAGCGACGUCACCUUCAACGUCUGCCUCGGCGAAGUCUUCGCCGGCGCGGGGCUUACUUUUUGCGGCGGCAUGCGCCGGGAAACCCGUCACAGGUUCGCGUUCCAGUACGAGCACGUCAAGGGCCGCGCGGUCGUGCACCUCGGGUCCAAGCGGCACGGGGCCGACGACAUCUCGAGCGGCACGCGGCGCAACCUCAUCAUCUGGAACCACAACCGGAACUGGCGCGCGUCGGCCGAGUACGAGACGCGCAUGCAGCGCUACCGCCGCGAGUCCGCCGCGCCGGACGCGCGCUGCCUCUCCUACACGCACGACCGCGACUUCGCCGAGUUCAAGCCCUACCCGCCGGGCAAGGAGGAGUUCGCGGAGCGCGCCUGGUGCCCGCCGCAGCGCGCGUGCUACGACCGGAUGAAGUAA